AUGAAAAAAGAUAAGGAAUUGGUCACGGAAAACCCUAGUAGAAAUGAGGAGGAAGAAGAUGAUUAUGAAAAUCAAAGAGCAGCAAGUUUCCCAUUCUCCACUCGCAACGCUUCCUCCAAAUACGAUUUCGUUAAGGUGAAGGUGUGGUUGGGUGAUAAUGCCGAUCACUAUUACGUGCUAUCCAGAUUUUUGCUUAGUAGAAUGUUAACUGUCACUAAGAUUCCAAAUCACGUGGCUAUUAAGAUUGCUCUUGAACUUAAAAAGUUGCUCAUUGACAAUAGCCUUCUUGAUGUGUAUGUUCUAACAUCUCAUUCUCAGCUUUAG